GCUUAUUAUCGUAAAAUAGAAAGUGUUAGGCUUUGUUUCAAACAUUAAUUAAAUUCGUAGCCAAAAGUGUCAAGAAUUUUUCGCUUUAUUAUUUGAAGAGCUUAAGCUCGAAGGAUAAUUGAAAAGUGACUAUUUUCACGAAAACACAAGAAUUUGGGUUUGACUGAGCAAUUAAAUCAUCUGGUUCUUUAAUUAUGCCGAACAUUAAUUAAUCUAUGUGACACUUUAUUCUCAACUAUUUAUUCGUCGCCAUGUUUGCUCGUAAGUUAAAAGCUCUCGAAUUUAAAGCUGAUGAAUUUAACAUCGAAGAUGAAAAUGCUUUCAGAAAUUUGGUCGCCUGGUUAGAAGAUCAAAAGAUAAGAUGUUACCCCAUCGAGGAAAGAGCUGAGCUCAGGAAAAUCAGUUCUUCAGAUUGGGAUAAAGCCUUUAAACAAUAUCUUGAUGCAGUUAAAUGUCCGUUUGAUUGUAAAGACCGUAAACUUAUCCUGGACUGGUUAAUCUCAACAGCGGUCAGAUUAGAUUAUAAUGACAAUUUCGACAAAUACAAAGAUGUAACUGGUAAACUGGUUAAAAGUCAAGCCACUAAUCCGCAAAUGGUUCAGGCGAAUCCCUUGGACAAUCUAGAUUUUAAUUCUAAAGAAUUUAAACAUGGUGUCAAUGAAAUAGCGAAAGUGUUGAAAGUACCACAACAUCCCGAUCAUCUGGUCACCUUAAAAGCCAUUAAUCAUUUGAUUAAAACUCGAUUAACUGCCGAUGCGUUACAAGCGGAAAAACCUGACACCGAUGUUAAUAAUGAGAAAUCAUUCACAUUAGAAAACAGUCAACUUGGUUUCGACAUCAAAGAUCAAAAUUUAGUACGAGCUGCAAAAGUUUUACGAAUUUUGUAUAUCAAUGAUCUCAGAGAUUUACAGAAUAAGAUAAAUCAAGUUAUAGUUUCUAUCCAGGCGAUAACCGCUAAUCCUAAAACAGAUACUAGUUUGGGACAAGUGGGCCGAUAAUGUUCAAAAUUUGGGUAACAUCUGAUCUGUUAAAAUAAAAGAUAUUCAUCUAGCAA